CACUAUCACCGAAAUGCAAAUACAUAUCUUUGAAGUCUGAUAAGCAGAUACAUGAUUACAUGAUUGUGCUCUAUUUAAAACUCGAUAACCAAUUAAUUAAAUAAGUUCAGUCAUCUCGCAAAUAUUCGGUCACCUUCCAUAGUCAAUAUUUAUUUAAUAAAAUGAGAUUUCAAAAAUUUUCUGAAUUUGUAAUCCUCGUGCAAUUAUUAAUUUAUGCACUGGUCCAAGGCCAACAGGGUGAGACCUGCGCUUCCAAAAUUGAAAAACUAUGGCCUCGCCAACAACUGGACAUGGAAAGAUUCACUGGACAAUGGAUGGUCAUUCAGCUCGCUCGCAUGAACGAUUCCUUGGUGGAGGACUCUUUCGCCAAAUGUGUCAGUCAAACAAUUAGCAGACAACCAGAUUCGGAUAACCUCAACAUUCGCAUCGAGUUGACCCUCAUCGCAGAUGGGACACAAAUUGCUCGUUUUGGCCAAGUUAAUACAACCUCUGACCAACCGGCCAUUUGGAAAUGGAGCUAUUUUGAUAAUCUAGCUCAAUUCUGGGAAGGCGUAGUAAUUGCCACUGAUUACGAGAAGUACUGGAUACAUUACGAGUGUGAAGAAGUUGAUGGAUUUCGUAUAGAAAGCGUCGUUCUUCGAUACCGUGAAAGAACCGUGGGACCGGGACAGCUUGCAAUUUAUGCCAGUCUCAUGGAAGGUUUAGGAUUUCCUGUCGGAAAUUUGGUAGAUAUUCCUCAACCAGCCGAUUGCGCAUAAUAAUUGCGAUUUCGCCCAAAUAAAAAGACUAAAUUUCAAUACAAAUAUA